GACGUGUGUGUCUCUAGUGCAAUUUCCCCUUUCGCUUGGCUGUCUCAGUGCAGGUCUCCGCCGGCUUGCGCCCCCUCCCCGGGCGCCCCCGCCGCCCCCUCCCUCGGCCUUGCCCUCCUGGGCUUCCACUCAGCUCCCCCGCACUCCACCCCGCCCCCCGGAGUCGUUUUAUCAGGGGCGCCGCCGCCGUCUCACCUGGUAUUUGCAUCUCGCCCUCCAACUUGCCAUUGGCGGCGCGACGUGUGGGAGAGCCCUGCGCCUCGCCCGCCCGGACCAGCCUGCCCCGGCGCCGAGGUCGCUCCUGCGGUUGGCCCAGCCCAGCAUGCAGCCUUGAACCUGGCUUAGGCCACCACCUACUCCAGCUCUCUACACCCCCUAUUUUACUGUGGCUCGGGGUGUAGGCUCUAAGCUCCAAGGUACCUGAGCAGCAUCUCUUCCUCAAGAAAACCCCACAGCUCCAGAGGGCCCUGCAAAUCCUGCUGUCAGCUCUCUGAGAAGACAGCAUGGCUAUUACCCUGCAGCCCAGUGACCUGAUCUUUGAGUUUGCAAGCAACGGGAUGGAUGAUAUCCACCAGCUGGAAGACCCCUCGGUGUUCCCAGCGGUGAUCGUGGAGCAGGUACCCUACCCCGAAUUACUGCAUCUGUACUCAGGACUAGAGCUGGACGAUGUUCACAAUGGCAUCAUAGCCGACGGGACCUUGUGUAUGACGCAGGAUCAGAUCCUGGAGGGCAGUUUUUUGUUGGCAGAUGACAAUGAGGCAACCUCUCAAACCAUGUCAACCACUGAAGUCUUGCUCAAUGUCGAGUCUCCCAACAACAUCCUGGAUGAGAAGCAGAUCUUCAGCCCCUCCGAAAUGCUUCCAGACUCAGACCCUGCUCCAGCCGCCACUCUGCCCAACUACGUGUUUCCUGUCUCUGAGCCCGAUGCCCUGAACAGGGCGGGUGACACUGGUGACCAGGAGGGGCACUGUCUGGAGGAGAAGGUCCCCAGAGAGGAAAGUGCUAAGAAGACUGGAAAAUCAAAGAAGAGAAUCCGGAAGACAAAGGGCAACCGCAGUACCUCACCUGUCACUGACCCCAGCAUCCCCAUAAGGAAGAAAUCCAAGGAUGGCAAAGGCAGCACCAUCUAUCUGUGGGAGUUCCUCCUCGCACUUCUGCAGGACAGGAACACCUGCCCCAAGUACAUCAAGUGGACCCAGCGAGAAAAAGGCAUCUUCAAGCUGGUGGACUCCAAGGCGGUGUCUAAGCUGUGGGGGAAGCAGAAGAACAAGCCUGACAUGAACUAUGAGACAAUGGGGCGGGCACUAAGAUAUUACUACCAAAGAGGCAUCCUUGCCAAAGUGGAAGGGCAGCGGCUGGUGUACCAGUUUAAGGAGAUGCCCAAGGACCUGGUGGUGAUUGAAGAUGAGGACGAGAGAAGUGAAGUCACAGCCACAUCCCCUCAGGCCUCCACUCCCUCAACCUCCUCCACCAGCACCACCCGGCGAGCCAGCUCCAGGGUCUCGUCCAGAGCCGCCCCCCAGGGCAAGGGCAGCCCUUCUUGGGAAAAGCCAAAGGUUCAGCACGUUGGUCUACAGCCAUCUGCGAGUCUAGAAUUGGGACUGUCUCUAGAUGAGGAGACCCCCACUACCUCCACCGUGCUUGUCUCUCCAGCAGAGAGCCAGGCCAAACUCACCAAAGCCGUGAGUACUUCUGUGCCCAGCAACAUCCACCUCGGAGUGGCCCCUGUGGGGUCAGGCUCCGCCUUGACCCUGCAGACAAUCCCGCUGACCACAGUGCUGACCAACGGGCCUCCCGCCAGUACUACUGCUUCAACUCAGCUCGUUCUCCAGAGUGUUCCGCCUGCUUCAACCUUCAAGGACACCUUCACUUUGCAGGCCUCCUUCCCCCUGAACACCACUUUCCAAGAGAGCCAGGUGGCAGCACCAGGGGCGCCGCUGAUUCUCAGUGGCCUCCCCCAACUUCUGGCCGGGGCCAACCGUCCAACCAAUUCAGCGCCACCCUCAGUCACAGGGGCUGGCCCAGCAGGGCCCAGCUCUCAGCCCCCCGGGACUGUCAUUGCUGCCUUCAUCAGGACUUCCGGCCCCACAGCAGCCCCUGGGGUCAAGGAGGGGCCGCUGAGGCCCUCCUCAUAUGUGCAGGGCAUGGUGACUGGGGCCCCCAUGGAGGGGCUGCUGGUUCCUGAAGAGACCCUGAGGGAGCUCCUGAGGGAUCAGGCUCACCUUCAGCCACUUCCAACCCAGGUGGUUUCAAGGGGUUCCCACAAUCCGAGCCUUCUGGGGAACCAGACUUUCUCUCCUCCCAGCUGCCCCACUGUUGGGCUGACCCCGGUGGCUGAACUUGAGCUCUCCUCAGGCCCAGGGUCCCUGUUUAUGGCUGAGCCUAAUGUGACCGCAUCUGGGAGCCUGCUGACCAGAUCCCCAACCCCAGCCCCCUUCUCCCCGUUCAACCCCACUUCCCUCAUUAAGAUGGAGCCCCAUGACAUAUAAACGGAGGGGUCGGGGGGAAGUGUGACCCACCAGGCAAAAUUGAGCAGCAUUUUGAUACGGACUUCCUCUAGCAGAGACUGACUUAAGUAGCACACCUGCCCUUACACUUCAGUGGGAUGGCAAUACACCGGAACCCCUAUCCCACACCCCUGCCUGGCAUCACUAUGGCCAAGCCACGCCGAGUUUGAGCAUCACUGGUGUCGGACCAUGGCCUUCAAGAGCACUAGGGGAUAUGCUCUUGUCCGGGUAAUGGGUUGACUUGGUGAUGGAGGGGAAACCUCCUGAGAAGUUUGUGACCAGGGCUGGUGCAGGGGCUUCAUGAGAAGAGUCUUUUCGCCUGCCUGUAUUUCACCAUCUCCGUUCCCACCACAGGGAAUUUACUACCCCAUAUGUGAAUAUCUCUGUAUGUAUUUGUGUGUACUCGUGGGUCUGUCACUCUGUUUCUUCGGGAAGGACGGGGGUGUAGCUGUGAGGUCUUCAAAGGUGUGUGUCUCUCUGCGGGUCAGCCACGGAGAUGGGGAUUUUCUUUUAAGGGAAAGCAUUCUCUAGUUCCUUUGUACAAAUCAAGAUUCAGUUGCUCUGAGACUAUGGGGUACAGGUUGGAGCCCCCAAAUCUGAAGAGAUGCCACAGAGCUGGAGCAGGUCCAGGGUAGGAGAGCUUCGAUGGGUGUGUGUGUUGGAGAAGAUGCAGUUCUAAGGGACAAGGAGAAGGCCAAGAGGGAAGAAAGCAUGAAGAGCGGGAAGGGUACUCAGGCCAGGGAGCAGCCCCCCACACUAGCCUGAGGUCCUCUUCCCGGAGCCAGCCUCAUUGUCCACCAGCCACUUGCCAGCCCGCUAGAACCUUGGCCACCCCCAGAGUGCUUUGCUGAAGGGUUAGAGAGGGGCCAAGUGCCCCUACAGGGUCAUACCCAGCCACAAAGUCCUCAGGCAGGGCUGAAUUAGUUGAAUGUUUGUGCUGCGGGCUUGGGCUCUAAUACCAGCCUUCGCUGGCACCCUGGCCUGCGCUCCAGAUCCUGGGUUCCCUCGAUUAAUCUCAGCCCCGAUAUUUCCCCUCUGUCGGGCGUUGCUAGGGAUAGUCAUGUAGCAAUGCACACUGGGUCCACCUCCAUUCCCUCCACGUGAGCGCCUGCUGCUCAGCCCGCCUUCUACCCACCUUGUAGGUUUGUCAGCCCAUCCACUCCCAUGAUGGCUGCGGCAGACCUCUUCGGGUGGAGGUUGCCCCUCGGCUCCAACUUUCGCACCUAACCAUGAUUCCUCCUUCACCGAGAAGACAGGAGCCAGCAGGUGUGAGCUCCCAUGGCACUUCUGUCUCUACAUGGCUCCUUGCUUUCCUCUUUCCUCUUUCUGAGGAAGGGUCAACCGAUUCUCUCUUAAAGUCAACCCCUCGGCCUAGGGCCUGGCCCCCUCCCCUCUCUCUUCUUUGAAUUAGCUUGCUUCUCUCCUGCCAAAUCUGGGGACAAGGCUGAGAGCUAAGACACGUCAGCUUCAGAAACAAUUACAUUAUCUGGUGAAUCCGGUUAAUGUGAAUCCGUGCCUCAGGACCUUUGCUAUGUCCUCGGUACAAACCAUCCACUUGACCUAACUACCUCCCCUGGUUGUUCUCUCUCUCCUUCCGGCCACUGCCAGGCCUAUGCUCUUCCUCUCCCACUGUCUUUUUGUUCUCCUUCUUCUCCCCUGGGAGGGAACCAUAUAUGGUUGUGCAGGUGUAUUUAUGACACGUUUCCAGCACUUAGCACUAAAGUGCCUUUUUCUAAUAAAUCAGUUUAUUAUGACAAUUUCCUGAUGGUGGAAAGUAAAGCAUCUUGAGAAAGGGUCACCUUUUUUAAAAAAUUGCACAGUGGUGCUGCAUGGAUUAGGGGUGGCCCUGCCCCCCUCACCCCAUGUCCAGAGAACUCAUCAUCUGAAGGUCACUGAUACCCUCAUGGUGACAUCAAAUGAAUGUCUAUUUCACAGUUCUUGGCCCCUGUGAGCCCUCAGGGCACGUGACAUUACUUCCCGCCCACUCCUGCACUAGUCAGGCUCAGCUGUUUCCUCCGGUGCCCGCUCUCUGCGCCUGUGCUGGCUCCACAUCUACCACUUUAAAUGGGGGGGGACCCCAAGGGCCUCAUCCAUUCUCCUGGCUCCGGCUCGACUCUUUGGGGAUGAGUCUGAAGUCUAGAGCUCCAGCCCCACUUUUCUCUUCAGUUCCUGGCUUGCGUUUCCAUCCAGAUGUCCGUCAGUCCCUCAAAGAUAGCCCCUCUGUCAAAGUUGGAUUUUGAAAGUCUCUCUGCACACACACAAAGCCUUUCCAGAGAACAAACAAACAAGAUGACGUCAUGACUCACCGAUUUCUGUUAAGGGUGCCAACACAUACCUGCCCCUCUAAGUUCGACAUUCUAGAGCCAUCUGAUGGCUGCCUUCACUUGACCCUGUCCCCUCCCCCACCUCCUGAAGUCCAGUGUGGUUUGCCAUGUCUCUGACGCCCAGCCUUUCUUCCACGUUCCCGAGCCUCCAGCCCAGCUCUAAGUUACCCAGAGCUUACCCCCUCCCUGGACACAUCAACAGCCCCCAGUGUGACCUGUCUCACCCCCUCCCAUCUGCCUGGGCACCAAUUCUUGUCUUCAGACAAGGUCCCAAGUCCUUGACCUUCAGGCAAAGCCCUUCACCGUCAGGUCCUAACUGACCUCCCCAGCCAUCUCUCACAUCGCUCGCCCACCCCCAAUAUACUGCUCCAGGCAAACCGAUGGAUUCUCUGGCCUUUGAACAUGCCUCUGUUCAAAGUGUCCACCUCUCUGCUUUUGCUUUACUUGGUUCUGCUCAACCAGAAUGCUCUUCCCACCCCACUAGUACCAACUAAAUCAUAUCCAUCCUUCAAGACUCAAUUCAUGGAAGCUGCCUCCCUAGACCAGCCUAUGCUCAAGUGAAUUCUUCAUUUUAAAUUUGUAGCAAUUGCCAUUCUUUUGGCAAGUGAUCCUGAACAGCCUGUGACAUCUCCUCUAUUAUUAUCACAAACUGUUACUUAAAUUUUCAAUGACCUGGAACUCCCAGGUCUCUCCAACGAGUGUGUUACCUUCUGAGGGGUGGGGGACUGUAUCACCCACAGUGCAGGGCACACUAUGAAGCAUCUAGUGAGCAUCAGAGAACGGUUACUGAUUGAGCUGGUAAGAGAUGGAGACCAAAGUUUGAGGUAGGUGACCUCCGACCUCCACUGUGCACAGGCACUCACCCCAGGUGCUCCACUGCCCAGGGCCUGCCCUCCCUGGAUCAGUGCCCUCAUGGUACCCCAUUGCUACCCCUUAUAAUCUUAGCUCCCAAGAGUUGUUACUACUUUGAACAUCCUCUGCCCCUAAAGAAACUUCCCUGUCCAGUUUCUUUCCUAACUCAAAGUGUUAAAUUAGCUAGUCUGAUAAACUAACCUGUGCUGAUAUAGUCAUGGGAGAGGGCUAGAGGAGAACCUCAGGAGACAGGUUCAUUUUAACCAGGGUCAUGCGGCAAUGGCAUCUCUGCCUUUGUGAUGGUUUAAUGGAGUCAAGAGAUUCACUCCUCCUGCCCCAGCAGCUGAUGUAUUACUCCCUUCUCUGGGCUCCCACAGCACUUUGUAUAUACCUCUUACUGUAGCACUUAGCACAUGGUAGCUCCUUAGCUAUGUGUUUAUGUAUGUUUCCCCUCCAAUAGACUGUGAGCUCCUCAAGGACAGGGACUGUGUGUUAGUCACUGCUGUAUCCCCAGCACCUAGCACAGUGCCUGGCACACAGUAGGUGCUCAAUAAAUGUUUAUUGAAAGAAUGAAUGAAGCCUGUUUAUAAUCAUGA